AGAGCCCCAUUGCUUGUUUAUUAAAAUUUAACCUCGACUUUUUUCUUAUAAAAGUACGAAAUUACUUUUGUGAGUAGGUAAAGAAUAUUUAAAUACAUUCUUGUAGUUUUAGUUUUUUUUGUAUUAUGUCGAAACUAAAGCCUAGUAAGAAGAAAAAGGUUAUCCCCUCUAAUAUUACAACUACUGAUUCCUUGCCACCAACUUCUAACUUGGGCGAGACUUCUGUUAAUAAACCAGAAAGUACUUUUUUAAAUCCGCAAGUUUCUUCUUCAGUGGAUGCUGGUUGUGAUUACCUCAAGAAUUCAAUUUUAGAAGAAGUUUUAAAUGAAAAGAAAGCAGCCCUUCUCCAAUCACCCGAAAUUAUGAAAUUUUUAUGUGAAGAACAAUUAAAAUUACAGAAAAAAUAAUAACUAAAGUUAUGGAACAGGAAGCUGGUGAUAGAUUAAAACCAAAAUUUACCAUCUCGGAUAGCUCCAAGUUUUAUCGGGACGUAAUUCUCAAUUGGAAGCCAGCAAGUGAAGUGUGGUCAUUUAAGCACGGUGAUGAUAUUCUAUGUGGCAGUGCCGCUUUGACUUCUUUCUACAUAAGCUACUUCUUUCGCAAACAACUCAAACUUAGACACUAUUCAAAACUUACUUGCUACACACCGGUCGUCGGCCUUUCUACAGCUGCUUGCUUUGUUGUUCAAAGUGGUAUCAUUAACUCAAAUAUCCUCAGUGCUGAUCGCUGUCCAUUGUGUAUUCUAACAAAAGCAUCCUACUUACAGCUGGGUGUAGGACUGAUCUAUCCACUAUUGAUGGCUCCUACUGUUAACUUCUAUAUUGCUGAUAAGUUACUCACAUAUCCUAUUCCUCCACUAGGACGUGCUCCUAGAGAAGUCUAUCAGUUAUGGUUAAAGUUUAUUCUAAAGAUUCCCCGACCCAUCUUUAUCAGUGCCGCAGCUCAAGUAUUUUUGGCUACUCUAAUAACGCAGCAGAAAAUGGCUUUUGUAAUUAGCAAUUUCUAAAACAGACUAUAGUUGUUAUAAUGUAGACAUUUUUCUUUAGUGUUUGAAAAUAAAACCUUUUCUGUGUUUCA